GUGCGGAUCGCCAUCUUAAGGCCGUGGAUCGGCUUCUACUUGAGCAGAUUUGAGCAGAUUUGUUUGCAUUAAAUUAAUUUAUUUCUCAACAUAUUUGGUGAAUAUGUCUGUGCUCCUAUUGGUCAGAAUAAGUUGGCUCAGAUCGCCAAAUACUGAAACUUAUUUGGCAAAUCGGCUCUAUAAAAUCCACCACAAAUUGGCUCACUUCACAACACAUCUAACCGUUCCAAUUUCUCUCCUCCAAAUUUCGGUCAUCUCCUUCAUCUUAACCCAAGUUUUCAUGGCUGCACAAAGAGAACACCCCCAACCCGGGCCCCAAAAACGUUCUGUAUUGGUGAUGAGACCCGGAGAACAUCGUGCUGAUCAUCGUGUUCAUCCACAUAUAGCUGUCACGACUCAAUGUUUGAGGGAGGUUGCUCGGGAAAUGCGUGAAAGAGGUGACCCUCGAGAUUAUCCGAUGAUGGAGCGAAUCAGGAAUUGCCUAAGGCGAAUAGGUGCAGAAGAAGCGAUGGAUCACGACAUCAUCACAUUUGAAAAUGUUGAUGAAGGACACGCAUUGCCUGAAGGGCAUGGCCAACCGAGCAGACCCACGGGACAUGGGUUACAUGAUGACGAUACAUCUCAUGAUACACCCAUGGAACCCCCAUCCACAGUUGGUAGUUCCUAUCACGCACAUUAAGUUCCGGAACAUCAGCAGUGACCUGAUUUUAGUUGGGCUGAUAUGUUUGGCAAUGAUCACCUCAGUGGAGCGACCGGCGGUCCAGAGCCGAGCUCACAAUAUUAGUUUAUAAUAUUAAUAGUGUAAUAGUAUUAACGUUAAUGUAAUAAUAUCUUUGUGUGAUGUAAUAAUAUAAGUUUAAUGAUAUGAAUGUUAUUGUCAUAAUAUUCGUAUUAGUGUAAUAAUAUCUCUCCG